AAACCUACACCCCUCUCCUGAGUCUCAUAAUAUUAGUUGUAUAAGCUAGCAAUUCAUUUGAUAAUUUCUGUAUCGAUCAAAAUAUAUAUAGAUAUAUUUCUUCGAUAUAUAUAUAGCAAUGGUUGCGCCUUGUCCAACAUCCAUGAUGGUAAGAACCAAGAAAACAAAGGCCAUGGGAGUUCCGACAAUAGACCUUUCAAUGGAAAGGUCCAAGUUGUCGGAACUGGUGGUGAAAGCAUGUGAGGAAUAUGGUUUCUUCAAGGUGGUGAACCACAGUGUGCAAAAAGAGGUCAUUGCAAGAUUGGAAGAGGAGGGAAAGGAGUUUUUCUCCAAAACCUCCUCGGAGAAGCGCCAAGCUGGCCCUGCCAAUCCUUUUGGCUAUGGUUGCAGAAAUAUUGGCCCCAAUGGCGAUAUGGGUCACCUCGAGUAUCUCCUCCUUCAUACCAACCCUCUUUCCAUAUCUGAGAGAUCCAAAACCAUAGCAAAUGACCCUACUAAGUUCAGUUGUGCCGUGAAUGAUUACAUAGAAGCAGUUAAAGAACUAACAUGUGAGGUUCUCGAUAUGGUGGAGGAGGGUUUGUGGGUCCAAGACAAGUUCUCACUCAGCAAGCUCAUCAGAGACGUCCAUAGUGACUCACUCCUAAGGAUCAAUCAAUACCCUCCCGUGAGCCUAAAGGGCACCAAGAAUUGGGACACGUCCAAACUUGAGGCACAUCAACUCCAGAGCGAAAAUAAUAAUAACAACAACAACAAUAUUGGCUUUGGAGAGCAUUCUGACCCUCAGAUCUUGACCAUCAUGCGGUCCAACAACGUUGAUGGCCUUCAGAUUUCCACCCACGAUGGCUUGUGGAUCCCUGUCCCCCCUGACCCCAAUGAAUUCUUCGUUAUGGUUGGUGAUGCCUUGCAGGUUUUGACAAAUGGAAGGUUUGUAAGCGUGAGACACAGGGUGUUGACGAACACAACAAAGGCCAGAAUGUCAAUGAUGUACUUUGCAGCACCACCGCUGAAUUGGUGGAUCACUCCACUGCCGAAGAUGGUGACACCCCACAAUCCAAGUCUCUAUAAGCCCUUCACCUGGGCCCAAUACAAGCAGGCAGCAUAUUCUCUAAGAUUGGGAGACGCUCGCCUUGACCUCUUCAAGAUCCAACGACAACAAGAUACCCAUCUCAUCGCACCUGCUUCAACCUGACACUUUGAUCGCAUUAUUCAUUGUUGAUAUUCUUCCACCACCUAAUUAAUAUGUUGUGUUUGUCAAUAGUUAAUUCGAGUGUUUCAUAUAUAGCCCCUUAUUUUUCUUUCUUUCUCUUGUUUUACAGCCUUUAUAGUUUUAUAAGGUCGCCAUUAGUGACUUACAUUGGGGGGAAAAAUCUACCUAUAUAGUUGGUACUGUUGUAAAAUAUAGGCAACCUUUGAAUUCCUAUACAAGGGUAUUUUGACAUAGCGAAUUAUGACCUAAUAUGAAUUCUGCAGCACCAUCAUUUAUAUAUUUAUUUUAAGCAAAGUUAUUAGCUCAA